CCAUACUCAGCAUGUGUGAUUGUUUUACUGUGGUUAAAACAUGCAGAAUUCAUGAUACUUGUAUUUAUUGUUAUCUAAAGUGAUUCUCCUAGAGUAAGUGCCAAAAAGUCUUGCCUUCAGCAGGGAUGUUUUGCCAUCGAUAAGAAAACUUCCUAAAGGGACAGAGGAACAGAAUGACGUCCGAGCGGUUUCACAAAGCUGCACGCGAUGGUGCCUUAGACAUUUUAAAAGAAGCAACAAAAAAGGACUGUAACUCACGAGAUGACGGAGGAAUGACCCCUACAUUAUGGGCAGCCUUUGAAGGUCAUAUAGAUGCUCUGAGACUGCUCGUCGCCAGAGGGGGUGAUCCUGACAAAACCGAUUAUUUCGGUAAUACGGCUCUUCACCUGGCAGCGGCAAGGGGUCAUGAAUAUUGUGUGAAAUUCCUCGUGAAAUUUGGCUGCAAUAUUUGGUCAUUGGACAUCGACAGGCAUUCAGCUAGAGAUUUAGCCGCCAUAAAUGGUAGAGAAAUGACUCUUCAAUUUUUGGAUCUUGCUCAAGCCGAUCAGGAAUUAAAUAAUCGUAAAAAGAGCCGUCUACUUCGGGAAAAAGCAGAGAAAGAUGCAGAAAAAAGAUUAAAAGAAUAUAUGAAAAAGCAAAAGAUGGCAGAAAUCAGAUCUGAAAAGGAACAAAGGAAGUCAUCAAAAAAUCGAACGAAAUUGGAUUUAGCUACGGUUAAUGAAACCUGCGUUCUACCUCAUAAACCCGCUAUGUUGACCUUCAAAGGUCGAGUGAAACCUUCACCAACGUUCAGCGAUAUUGUUAACACCACCAACAAGAAGCACGGUAGUGCGGUAUGCAGAAAAGCUUUAGCAAAAAAAGCCGUUGAUGAUUUUAAAGUGGUAGAGAUUGAAGUGAAUGGAAAGAAGUCGGUACGUAGCCUCACUGGCCUUAGAAGGGAUUCGGAAGUAAUGUAUGUAGGGACUUAUGAAACACAAACUCAACAAAUAGGAAGGAGAGGAAAAAUCUCCGAUGUUUGGGGUACACUAAGCAAAGCACAAAGUACUCCUGAUCUCUUGGGCGAUCGAUAUUUCGACGAGGAUACCGAGCAAGAUGAUAGAGAAGACAUAAAUGGUGUAAGAGAUAACGUUUUGUUGCAAGAACCGGCGAGUAUUUUUAAUCGACCUGGUUUCGGAUCGGUAGCAUUUCGAAGAGCGAUAACAACUACUUUCGAUAACUUACCAAUUUCGCAAGUGGAUGCACAUGAACAAAAUGGUAACUCUUCGGUAAACGGAUCUAUAAAUGGUCAUAGAGCCAACUCCAAUGGUCACAACGAAGAAAUCAGCAUAGGAAGCGCAGGUAGUUUAGCUCGUCGGCAAAACAUGUGGGAUGAUGAUUUACUUUCAGAAGAGGAGACCGAUGAGGAAUGGACACCAUUACAAAGAUUUUUAGUUGCCAAUAAUCUCUCAUCCGUACAUCCAAUUUUAGAAUCAGAACAAAUUGAUCUAGAAGCCUUAAUGUUACUAACUGAAGCUGAUAUCGCAGCACUUAAACUUCCACUCGGACCAAAAAGAAAAUUAAUGAAUGCAAUAGCUAACCGGAAGAAAGCAUUAGAUGCGCCAGAAAAUAUUAUUAAAGAUAGUAGGUUGUGAAACUUGAAAUAUUAUCGAAGAACAUUAACCUUAUUCUCAAAUAUUUUUACUCUUGCCUAAUAAACUUAAGUGCCUAUUAAAAUAUUAUACAACUAAUUUUUAAUAUAAAAUUAAACAAAACAGUUGCACUUACGUUUAACUAUAGUUCAUAUGAAAAUCCGUGCGAUUACAUAAUUAAAAUCAUUUUACUUACAUGGAUUUGUAGAUAUUACAAGAUUACAUCAAUUUUUUAAUAUGAUUAAAUCAUAAAACGAUGUAAAAAAUGUAGUCUCUUGCCAUUUCUUUUAAGAUUAAUGCAUUAUUGAAAAAUCUAAUUUCCAGAAGAAAUUACAAGCCAUAAAAGUAUAAAUUUUUAAUUUAAUAUACAAAGGACAUAUUGAAAUACUAUUUCGUCAUGUAAAAUCCUUGAUCUUUUACUAUGUAUGGUGCCUUAAAACAAUAAUACAACAUUAUUAAGUUAAUCAAUGUAAAUGAAAAUGUAAAUGCCAAUGUAAUAAAAUAUAUCUUCACAGACUCCUUUAAAUAAUAGGAUAAACGAAAUUCAAUGUUUUCUUUCGAGCAUAUAAGUACAAUAAAUUUUAUACAAAAUGUACAAAAC